CAUCGUUUCCCGUGGACGGCACGACACGGCGCGCACAGCGCAUUCUGCCAAACAACUUUAGCUCGAAUCUCCAGUCUAGCUCCGGACAUCAGCGUAGAUGGUGGAGCUUUUGCAGUGAUUAGGAGAUAUCCCGUCGACGUGCGCGCUCGAAACAUUCAAGACACUUUGUGUGUUGGCGGUGGCGGUACAGCAUCCCUUCGGUGCGCCAUUGAAGUGAAGUGAAGUGGAAUCGGUUUUGUGCUCCGCGUCAGAAGGUCUCUAAUGUCGAUUUGUGCUGGCGUUUUGGUUCAUCCCCGCUCAGCCCCUGACCAGCGUCAGCGUGUUGCAGUGUGUGCCAGUGUACCAAUGAUCUGAACGUGUUCGGUGCAAUGGAGGGAUAUGCUCCUCGCAUUCUUGUGCUUGGCAGUGCCAAUUGAACUUUGAUAGGAAAUAAUGGUUGGAAACGUAAAACGUUUCGAGUAAACUGUUGGUCCAGCGAAACGGCCAUUCUCCAAUUGCAUUGAACUGCGCGUUCCUUCAAACACCGUUCCGAAGUAGGACAUCACAAAAUGACAGACACUAAUCGCAGCAAACAGAGCUAUCUGCACAAACACAACGGAAAGAUCGAUCUGCAAUCAGUGCAAUCCCCACCGGGACAGCUCUCGACAGGCUCGAACACUACCGAACAUGGCCGUGCAGCCAGCCAUACCGGGGGUUCCCUGAAACGUAACAAUAGUCAUCAUCAGCGGUUGAAAAAAUCAAACACAAGCACCCUGGACCGAACCUCUAAUGGUGGCCCCGUGGAGUACGGAGCGGAUCGAACUGGUGGCAGUUUCAGCCAUCAUCAUCAUCAUCAGCAACAGCAACAACAGACCGGAACGACCGCUACGAGAUCCGGCGCCGGUUCCAGUCUAGCCAAGAGCUGGUCGAAAACAUCCAGCAGCAGCACCUCGCAAUCCACAUCGCAUGGUCCGGCGGAGCAAACAUCACACCCACUGGACACAGCGGCCAGCAGUGGUCGACCUCCGGGGACAAAUUUAACACCCACCGUCGUCAAAACGGAAGCAUCGCUCAGUGACGAUUUUAAACGCUUCCACACACUACGCAACAGCUACGGCGGCAAAUCCAAUUUAAAUGUAAAUAACACCGACCAAACGAUAAAAUCGCAGGUCCUGCUUCACCAGCAAAAGCUGCGAGAGUACUCGCGACAACUUCCAGCACAGCAACAACAGCCGCACCAUGACAACGAUAGCUACUCAACCUGCUCCUCGUCUCAGUCGGACUACCAGCAUCCCCAGCAACCGCAGCAUCAUCAGCAGCAGCAGCAACACCAUCGCCACAAGCAUCACACACACUAUCGUGUGCAUCACCAUCAACACCAUCAGCAGCAGCAACAGCAGCAGCAGCAGCAGCAUCCCAAUGUCCAGCUGGCUCAGACCAUCUACCCCAUCUCUGCCACGGUCGCCGCAACUGCCACAUUGACACGCGCUGGCGGUGGAGGUUCGAUAUUGAAAAAUGCCAACAGCAGCACCAGCCAUCAGGACCCGGUCGGCAGCCGGAACAGCCUCAAACGAGGUCCGGGUGGCUUAAGCACGCUGUCACUCUGCAGCUGCGACGCGGAAACGGAGAUAAUACCAAAUCCAUUAAGGCCAUUAUAUCAGUACAGCCUGGACAGGAGAAAUCCUCGCCAACACACCUACACGUGCGAGCAGAACGCACAGAUUCUGCUGCGACUGGAAAAGGACCGUCAGAAGAAGUUCGGCUCCAUGGGAAAGUUGCAUCUCACCACAUCAACCGGCGACUUGAGUGUAGCACCCGCAGCGAUGCAACGACACUCGAGCAUUACGGGUGCAUCCGUACCGACCUCUUCCGUUUCGACUCCCACUCCAACGCCUCCUCCGCCGGCUGCUCCCACUGGGCCGGCCGGAAAAGUCAGCGGAAAUGCGUGUAAGGUGGCCGCCAACGUGCUCACAUUCGACUGCCAGCAUGGAUCGUACUCUCGGGGUGAUAAUUAUACGGAGGACGACUCGUACAGUGAAGACAUGAUACCACCUCCACCACCGCCACUACUCAACCGGCGCCCUUCCUACGGAUACGGCUGUGUGGUGCAGCAACCUGUUGCAUCCGGACCGGAACCGACACACGCAGACCAGCAGCCAAUGUACGAUCCGACCGCCCAGCCCGCCAUACCUCCCGCCAACGUCGACGUGUACGGUCGUGAAGUGGACGGACUGAUUGGAACUAUGAAUCAGCCGGAUCUCUUCAACUUUGCCUCCAACACAAACGGCUCGUUGAGUGGGACACUAAAGUCAACAUUGAAAUCCGCCAAAUCGUCGACAAACGGUAAAACAACUUCCGGCUCAUUGCCCAUGCCCGCCGAUGGCAAGUCGAAGAUGAACGACCCACUUCCCGUUAUGAUGGUGGACCUGAUGAACGGUAACGGAACGGUCGCACCACCGCUUCCGAAUGGAACUGACCCGACCGGCACGAAGCCAUAUCCGCCUUACUAUUUCGAUGAUAAUUAUCUGCAUCACCACUACUACUACCGGAAUGGGGAGACCGGUGCGGAUGUGCCACUGAAGGACGCUGGGCUGGAUGCAGCGGGGCAGAUGUAUCUCUACCAUCAGCACCAUCACCAUCCGGACGCGGUCCCCGCUGGCUACAUUACCAACUACGAUGCGCUGAAUCUUCCCGCGAAGUACAACACAAUCGGAGCGAAUGGAGAUUUACCACUGGCGGGACACUUUUCCGGGCUGGCGGGAGGCGGUGUCGGUCACCAUGCAAGUUCCUGCAACAUCAAUCAGUACUCGGGCUCGACCAAAAGCAACCUCAUCGCAUCGCACAACCAUCACUUCUCCAACUCGAUCAGCAACUUCAACUUUAAUCCCUCGCAGUACUUUGGUUCGGCGCUGGACCCUCCGCCCGGGACGACCAUCAUUCCUGGGGGUGGUGGUGAUGGGUUUCCUUCGUCCUGCAGCCUUAACGGAACGCCCAACAAACAGCAGCCGCAUCCGUGGAAACAUCGCCAGUGUCCGAGUCGAGGUUCGAGCAGUACCGGUUCCGGAUCAUCAAAGUGGGAUCUUCCUUCGAGACAGUGGCUUGCGGUGACCUCCAUACUUCUGAUUGCCGGAGCAGCCGGAGUAGCCGUCCCACUCGCGCUCAAGGUUUCGUCCGGUGCGCCCCUCGAGGAGCGGAUGCAGGUCGCUACCCAGCUGCUCGACACAGUGCCUUUAAUCGAUGGUCACAACGAUCUACCGUGGAACAUACGGAAAUUCCUUCACAAUCAGCUAAACGAUUUUCGAUUCGACGAUGAUCUCAAGACGAUACUGCCCUGGUCGAAGAGUGCCUGGAGUCAUACGGAUUUGCAACGGCUUAAGCGUGGUCGAAUUUCUGCUCAGUUUUGGGCAGCGUACGUGCCCUGCGAAGCACAACACAAGGAUGCAGUUCAAAUCACGCUAGAACAGAUCGAUGUAAUUAAAAGACUGACAGAACGCUACUCUCCUCAUCUGACAUCCUGUGCAUCCACGUUCGAUAUCAUACAGGCGCACAAAAACCGUCAAAUGUGUUCAUUAAUCGGUGUGGAGGGUGGCCACUCGCUCGGCGGUUCGCUCGGUGUGCUGCGCAUCUAUUACGCCCUCGGCGUACGGUACAUGACGCUCACCUCCACCUGCCACACCCCGUGGGCCGACUCGAGCAAUGCGGAUGCACCGAAGUAUGACAUCCGACACGGUGGACUAACGGCUUACGGCAAGACGAUCGUUCGCGAAAUGAACCGCCUCGGCAUGAUAGUGGACCUAUCGAAGUCGUCCGUCGGUACGAUGAAGGAUGUACUGGCGACCUCGCAGGCACCGGUCAUCUUUUCCCACUCGUCCGCUCACGCACUGUGCAACUCGAGCCGGAACGUGCAGGACGAGGUGCUCGAGCUGGUGACGAAAAAUCGCGGCCUGGUGAUGGUAAACUUUUACAACAAGUUCCUGCGGUGCAGCGAUAACGCCUCGGUGCAGGAUGCAGUGGCACACAUAAAUCACAUCAGACGAAUCGCUGGCGUAGACCACGUUGGAUUAGGUGCCGGCUAUGAUGGAAUUAAUUUCACACCCCACGAUCUGGAGGACGUUUCGAGCUAUCCGCGCCUGUUUGCCGAGCUGCUGGGCGAUGGGUGGACGCUGGAGGAGCUGGAAAAGCUGGCCGGCCGGAACUUGCUGCGGGUGUUCGAGGAGGUGGAAAAGGUGCGCGAGAAUCAGCGCCUGUCCGGCGUUCGGCCGUACGAGGAAAUUCCCCCGGUGGUGCGACCGGAGGAGCACGCGAACUGCUCCACCAACAGUUAAUGGGAUGUCCCACCCACGGCGACCCACGGAACUUCCGGUGAAUGAACGCGUCACGGGUGAUAUUUUGCAGUGGUGCCAAUACUGGUGGACUGGUUAGGAAAAUGAUUUCAACAGCGAGCAAAAUCUUAUUGAAAUGCCUUUUUGCAAGGAGAAACGUGUAGAAAACAGGUUCCCAAAGGUAAGCUGCUCCUUCAAGCAUUCCCAGGUAGAUGGAGGUUAAAAUGGUAGGAACCGGUUAAAACGGUAGCGAGAAAGAAUGCACCUUCAAGGUGUGCUGGGAGUGAAAAAAUGGAACAUUUAAUAAGCGUCUUCGUUCAAGGAAGACUGGAAAGGAAAAUCGGGACAUGCUUUUGUUUUUGAGGUGGAAAAAUUAUGUAUACAUUAUUAUUCAUUCUGCUGCAUAUUAGAGCUCAGAUAACGUGUAGGAGAUUCCCUCUAGAACACGGUUGCAUCCCGGUAGAGCACGGAGAGCAAAAGAGAGAGAGAGAAAAAGGAAGAGAAAACACGCUAUAGACCAUUUAUUAGACCGUCGCCAUCUCUUCCCUCGACUCCCUCAGCAUGUGUACUGCUACUACUACCGUAGAUUAGUGUGUACUGGAAUUCCCCAUGCCUUCCCAAACGCCUCCCCUCUGUCUCUCUCCUCCCCCCUUACUCCCCUUCCCACCGGUAGCGAUUAAUAAGUAGCGGUGCAAAUGAGAAAUGGCUUAAAAUUGUGCAAAGCGUGCAGGAAUUAUUAUGCACCGCGAAUGACAGCCCUCCUCCCCGGGAAACGGGGCACAGGGAACCGGCAGUAAUGAAGCGACCGAACCAAAACAAAAAAUCCCUUCCCAGAAGCCCAUUGCAUUUCCCCGCAGUGUCCGCGGUGUGGGAGAGCGUGCAUCGAGCGGUGUCCGGUGGAAUUUCGGUGGAAAAGCUAAUUAAAACACCAACCCAAGGUGAUUAAGCAUGGCAUGGAUAUACAUAAAUGCACCCGCAAAGGGGGUAAGAGGGUAAAAGGGGGGCAGUUUUUCGAUCUAUGGUUGUGGUGUCAUGGUUUGUGAAUAUGUAAUCAUCGAGGGCACUGAAAUUCAAUGUAUACAGUUCAAUAUAAAGCCUCCCAAAUGGGUGGGCAUAAUAAUAGCGGGCGAGUUUGAAUGUGAUUGCGAUGCAACAUUGCGCUAUGUUCAAUAAUUCCAUUUGCAGCUUUAAUGAGCUUUAAGCUUGCAACUGAAAAUGAUUGUUUAUAAAAUAAAACCAUCGCAACAACAAAAAAGGGGAAACCAUGGAAUGGAAUGGAAUGUUUGCUUGCUUCACCAAAGUAGGUAAUAAAGCAACCCAACCAACACGUGUUCCUAUCCCAUUGGAUGCACCUGCUGUUACUGCAAGUGGUUGGCAUUAGUGACCCAUCUUUCCUCUAAAAAAUGCACUAAAAACACACACACACACACGUAUACACUUCUCUCCAUCAACUGCUUUAUGAGUGGGAUGCUGUGUUGCUGCGCACAGGAUAAAAGCCCCGAAGGAUGGUGAACGCUUUUUUGUGUACCAACACAGUGAGCUUCCCGUUUUGAUCCGAUGCUACGACGCACACAAAAAAAAAAUAGGAAACAGCAGAACACAACAGACAAAGUCACUUGAGCUACAACAUGUAAAAACACACUCACCGAAGGGGCAACUAACGAAGACGGAAAAUGGGUUUAAUUAAAAUACAAACGACUUGGCACGGCAGCAGGGUGUGUUGUACGGCACUCGGUCUGCUGCGUGUACACACGCUUGUCCCCUUGGCUUGGAUAUUGCGCUGGACAGUGGCCGAACAGUGGGGCUUCAAAAGCGACGGAUUAUACAAGCACUGGUGUAACAAAUUUCUACUCCUGCACGGCCAGGACAAACGUUGAUUUCCCAGGGCUCCUGGACGCUUAAAAUCCCCGUUUCGUCACACGUGUGUGUGUGUGUGUGAGAGUGUCCAAGAGAAGAUGAAAGGACAAUCAUUUCCUUGGGGCCAAAUAAAACGGACACCAGUGGCGUAAGUGUAGUGAUAAAAAUAUCGCCCGUAAGACAGUGCGCCAGCGGCCCGAGCGCUUGGCACUCUCGCCGAGUGCCAGCAGACGUUCAACCGGGGUUUUGUGUGUAGUUUGCCCUUUCGAUCAACGAUGAUUGCGUCCUAACAUGAGGACCGGAUGAGAAUUACAUUAUGCUUCACUUUGCAUACACUUACAUCCUAUCUCCGCUCCCUUUUUUUGCUCAAAAAUGUGAAGAGAACCCGGCCAAUCCCGUUCAUCCUUUGCUGAGCGCCCCACGUCAGGAUGAUCUCUUGUCCAGCUUGGCAGAAGAAAAAGAAGCACUGGGAAGCGCAAAAGCAACAUUGGAUUAAGUUAUGAUUAGUAAUUGCAUAAUUAAUGAGAUUAAUUUGAAUUAAAAGUGUUCUAAGAGCGAACCCUGGACAUAGCCCUGGAAGCGGACAGAAUACGUUUUUUAGCAAAAAAAGAAGUGGGGGAAGAGCAACGAAAUCCUCCCGGAUGAUUCUUUCUUUGACAUUUUCGGUCCGAUCAAAAGUUUCGUCCGGGAGUGUUGCGGCUUUUUCUUUUUUUUUUGUGUCAGUUGUUUUAGCCCGUAAUUUAAACUUUGAAGAAUUAUCAGCUCACGAGUGGGGGGCUUUUGAUGAGCCAAAAGGGGUCGUUAAACUUUGGAACUCUUUUUUUGUGUGUCCGUUUUCCACUCGUGACCUAAUCAUCGGGGCUGACGAUUGGUUUAGAAUCAUUAAUUAAAUAGCAGCUUUCUCUUUUGUUUAUAAUCUUUCCCUCAAUUCCACACUGAAAUGCUAGCCAAACCAAAUUGAGUCAAUUUUUCAUCAUUACCAAUUAUCGAUUCGAAGCGCCACUGCCCAAAAGGAAAAGAAAAACCAAUCAAGCUCACGAUUCACGGUCGCAACGCUUCAAUUACUUACAAAAUUUCAUUACAUUCCAAUUUAAUUGACCUCACGUUUGUCUUCCGCCUUUGCUGGCAACACAUUUGCCCAACACCACACCAUUUGCUCAGCGCUCAGGAGUGCUUUUUUGCCCAUUCCUGCCUCUUCGUCGGGUGGGAAUUAAUCCACGAUACGUGCGCCAUGUCCCUCUGCAGAGGACACUCUGCUUCAAUUGUAGAGUCCAGAGUCGGUCCUCCCUUCGGUCCAACAUUGCAGGGGACAAACACACCGAAACACGAACCAAUAAAUUAGCUUAAUUGAAAGUAAUCGUCCAAAGCUUUCGUCCGUGUACAAUGAAAACUUGUCGAAUAUUGUGUGUGCUCGUGUGUCUGUUGUUGUGCUCGAGUAGAUUUUACAGCUACAGCAGACAUCGCCCGAAAGCACAUUGCUGUGUACUGUGUGGCCUGGGAAAGUGUAACGCUUUGCUGAUUAUUGUAAACUCUACUGGCCAGGAUCAAACCCGUUCUGUGCUCCUUUUAUAACCCCGUUCCUUAUGCUGUGGUAGUUUACGGUAUGCAUUUUCCUCCCCCAGCGCACGCAACAACAUUGUGCUCGAUGCUCUUCGACGGUUAUGACACGAAAUAGUUUGUCUAGAGCUGCAUACCGCACACACAAACACAGCACCUUUUGUGCUGUUUCGUGCGAAACGGUUCAUCAUUAUUAUGGAAGGGUGGUGGUUGAUGGAAAACUAUUCCGGGCAAACAAGCACCACACGCCCAACAACCGGAAGCUUGGCCGUGCGGCUGUCUAUUUUCUAACAAUAUAUAUAUAUAUAGAGGAUGCACAAGUUUCCACCGAUGCUGUACCGUGUAGCGUGUGGCGAGCGUUUUUUAUGGCUUUAUUUUGGCUGCCAGUAGUUUGGUCGCCUGUAUUGUGUCUCGAAAAUGGAUUAAACUCGUUCAUUCGUGCGACUCGGAAGGAAAGGGAGCGACAACGGGUGAAUAAUUAAAAAAGUUUUCACAUUGUCACACGUGUGCUGCGUGGAGCUUUUUGUGUGCCGGGGGGGACAUCAUAGCGUUAAAAACAGGUAUGAUUUUCUCUGCUAGAAAUAACUAUUUGAGUGCAGCAACUCCCAUGCAACACACCGCACUUGAAUACAAAUCGAGCCAACCUUUUUUGGGAGCCUUUUUAUGCGAAAUUUGUGAAUUUGUACAGCUGUUUAAAAAGGGGUGCAAAUUUCAUUGUGUUAUUCUCUCCCCCCCCCCCCAAACACUAUCGAUCGUGUUUGACCUGUUGAGAUAAUGCCUGCAACUCCAUGCUGCAAAUGAAGUACAAACCGCACCCGUGUCGAGUGCUUUUUGGCUGAGUAAAACCACUCGCUUGAAUUGCAUGCGGGCUUUUUCGUCGGUGGUUGGCAGUCAAAUAAUAAACCCAUCGAGUUGAAAAGCCUUUCCGUACGCACACACAGGAUGAUUUCGCAUUAAAACAAUUGACCUACUUAAACAAACAAAUCCGCCGAUGAUGCCUACACGUGGAUAAAUAAAAUCCCGGCCAAAGCCAAACCGAAGCCGAAAUCUCUUCACAAUCAAAAAGGCUUCUCCUUCACACGUGUUUGCUCCCAUCCAUCCACCGUGUGUGUGCAUCAGCAUAGCUUGAAGCUAACAAAAGAAGUUCCCCCAAUGAACCACAUCGAAGCCAUCGCCAACCCACCAACUUGAGCCCCCGUUAUCAAUCGUGCCUUUCGGUGCGGUAUAAAUGGCCACCAGUGUGGGGGGAGAGAUGGGGGACUGGCACGAAAUAUCCACUUCACUUCGCGUGUGCAUUGUCGCGCGAAAGAGCGAAACAGAGAAUGGCACAACAUAAUCGUAACAAUUGAGUUAAUAUUUAUGAUUUUCACGGUUAGUUUAACCAGUCGAAUGGAAUUCCCGGUAAAAACCCCAAUGGUGGUGUGUUCCAUGGGACAGUGCAAAGACACCUGAAGCACGUGCGCCCUGGGUCUAGUGGUUGACCUGUCCCACAAGGACGGCGGAGACAUUCAUUGAAGCACACUCUGGUAUAAAAAUAAACCAAUGGAAAGCUUAAAGGACACGUUUUUCUCGCAGCUUCCGAAACGAGUUGUCGUCGCCGUCGUCGUCACGGCUUUGGCCACUGCCCUUGGGAAGCAACAGGUGGUGUCGGUGGUGGUGUGCCGCCUGGGAGGAAUCUGCUCCAAAAUCUGAACAGUCGUUCGGAUCGUAUUCCAUGACCCUUUCCCCCUCUCCCUCCCGUUCUGUUCUGUUUUCUACGACUGGCAUUCUUGACCGUUUGCCAUUCCACGGUGGCUAAACUGUGUGGCUCACAGGUAAGGGUGCUUUUAUUUGCUCUCGCUAUUUGAUGGCGCCGCAUCCACACCAUUCCACCACCCAAACCGGUGUAAGCUGCUAUCCGAUUACACGAGACGAAGCGCGGGUGAAAAUGAGCAUCAUAAACGGAUUGAAUCGGGUGCUACUAGACGAAAGCGCGGUACGAUCCGGGCAGGUGUAGAAGCUUCUUUUCAAAAUAACACUUCUAUGAAUGUCUCGUGUCUUACGUUCGAUUGAAAAUUCCAGUCUCAAUCGAUUUUGCCCUUUACAUUGAGAUGAAAAAAGCGACAGCAUAGAAAAAUAUCGCUUUUACAGUCCUUUUUUUGAUAGGGCCCCACAAAGAGACUAUAUUGUUUGGUUGUGGGUUAGUGAAAGGCAAAGGGGACUGAACCGUAGCUGCUAAUAGAUGGAGAAGCAAUUUUCCACAACCCAGUGUCACUUAAAACUGCGAUAUGGUGGUUCAUAAUUCAAUCAGAAGAGGACACAUUCGCAAGCUCGGUUAGUUAGAUUGACUGGGCGUCUCCAUCGGGAAGCUCGUAUGGGUGUAAUGAGUCUAAUUGAACGGAAGUGUACAUUACACGCGAGAUCGUUUCGACCUACACACUUGAAAGCUUUAAUUAUAAUUGUUAAUGUGAAAAAUGGAGAUUUAAUUGAAAGAAAAAAAAAACACCAUACAAUGGAAAAUUGAAAUCUCCCUUUUACAUUUUAAAUGAAUAAAAAAGCUCUCGUUACAAGCAAUUUGAUAGAGCGGGUUUCCGGGAUUGGUUCCGAACUCCUAUUAAUGGCUCAUUUGGUGCACCAAAAUUGGCCCAUAAUUUAUUGGAUGUAAUUCCAAAUUGACAUUAACGUGGUGGAGGCGCCUUGGUGGUUGACCGCAUGGAAUCACACGACAUGGAAGGUUAAAGUUGAGAAGGGACAGAAUAAAAUAAUAAAAACCCAUUAAUACCACACCCCAACACCAGGCAGAUACAUAACACAACAUCAGAAAAGCAUUGGAGCGCGGGAAAAUGACUCCAUCGAUGGUUGGCUGAUGGGUUGGCGGUUGGCGCUUCAACAACAAGUCGCUGUUGUCGAUGUUGCCCGACGGGACCCCGUUGACGAUUCGUACGUCAUAAAAAGCAAUCGUCAUCGUUCCAGUUCGAUUAUUCGCCGAUUUCGAUGGAAUUGUGUGUGUGUGUGUGUAUGUGGAAAACGAAUUGAAAGAAAAGCUGGAAAGUUCGGGUCGUUCUCCGGAGUCUUUCUCUCCCUUUUCUGUGCCCAGAGCGACACGAAGGACGAAAUAAUGAAAUCACACAUUCAAUUAUAACCUUCUACGGUUAUUGGACCGCGUUAAUUCGCGAUCCCUUGUCACUCCCCCCCCCCCUCCGCCGCCGGAUGUUUGUCGAAAAGCUUAUCCGGUGAACACACACACACACAGAGUACGGGUGUGUGAACUUUCGAACGGAGUUUAAUUUCAUUGUUGCACCCGGAAGCCGUGACGCGGGAAAUAAAACUGCACAUUGCACACAUCGACGCUGUUCGUUCGUCUGGUUUUGCGUCCAUGUGGCUUUUCCAAGCCGGUAGGGCAGUACCGAAACCAUAUGCAAACACCGGAACAUCGGAACGGCGCACCCCCCGGGGGUGGGAAAUUUAUUAUCAAUUUGUUUGCCCAAUAUUCUUGGCCGGGAGCAACUCCAGCUUGCCGGCUUGAGCUAUUGAAGCGUUCCUGGGGUGGAAAUUCGUAGUGAAGGUUUACCAAAAUAAUGGCCAAAACAGAGGUGUGCACCAUGGUGUGUGUGUGUGAUGAAACUGGCCGCGUAUGGGCUCGUGGAACUGCUUCACGAACGCUCAUUACCAUGCAACACGAUGCAUUUGUUUUUUAGCUUUCUGGGAAGGCGAACAAAGCUGUGGGGCCGCAGGGCAAGGCAACAACACACGCAAUAAAACUCUCCAAUCAUCACUCAGUGUGUGCAGGGAAUUACAAUUUUCACACAACGUGCAGUACGGGGAAGGGUGGCCUGUGUGUUUGGAUGAGGUUUUCGCGCUGCAAUGGGCUUUGCUGGAGAGCUUUUGCAGGAAAACGCGGUACGGUAGCUGAAAUGCACUUCAUUAAUGCAUGGAAAUACAAAAAAAAUUGUUUGUGUGUGUUUGUUGUAAUAUUUUCCACUAUCAAAGCAGAAAAUUGUUGAGUUUGUUUGAAAAAGCAUUAUUCUACGCUGCACGUUAUUUGCGUUCAGUUAUUUAUUUUUGAUGCGCUUUCAUAGUGCAACAGUAUUGCCAUUUUGCAGCAUUUGUACAAAUUUGAACAGCGAUUAUAAGUCUCAUUAUCGUUGACUCGCAAGCUGAUUGCAGAAAAAACCCAACCACCACCGUUUGAAAUGAAUAUUUCCACACCAUCACAACACAUCAAACCUAAUCUGUACUGCGAAUAAGCACAUUAGUUGCAAUUACUGUCCUUAAUUAACUAUUUCCCAAGCCACAAACACUGAUUGAGCCCGGGUUGCACCGUCAUGCGCCAGCUGCCAGCGCAAAUAAUGCAUCAAAAUUAGCCCGUUUGAUGCAUUUCCGAUGCACUUUUCGGGGUGUGUGCAUCCAUCACGAUGCAAUACUUUCCACCGGAGGGGAAAAAAGGCCCAAAAAUUGAAAUCGGCUGCAAAAAUGGUAACCAGAUGGGAGUCUGGUUUUGCCUCCCACACUGUACAAGAGGGGGGGGGGGGGGAGGAUGCCAAUGGUGUACUGGGAAGGGAAAGGAGGAACGUUGGCACAACAAUGCUCUCGUAACCAUAGGACCAAUUAAAUGUUAUUUACGAAGAAACGAGUGAGCAAACAAGUGAAGAAAUUGCCCAUAAUUUAAACAUAUACAAAAAGGCACAAUAACCAAAAGCUGCGGGGAGAUGCGCGAGGAAAAAAAAGGAAAAGAGACGUUGGUGAAAAUCAACCCGAUAAUAGUGUGAAAUGUGCCGGCUGACGAUGUGCAUUCUGACGUGUGUUCGGUGUUUAAUUAGAGGAACAACUGGCAGCGGCGGCGGCCGCACGCGCGCGUUUCCCGUUUUUACUUGUUCAAUUUGUGGGAGGAAGCGGGAGGAAAAUUAAAGGCAAAAACUGGCACUGCACCAUGAUGGAAGGAUGUAUCGGAAGGUUGAAAAAGAAAGAGUAAAAAACGAGACGAGAUAGGCAGCACUAUAUCGCUGUAUAAAUGUAUCGCCCGAGGUGAGAAAAGUAGCAACAAAAAAGGGAAGUGUGCUCAUGAAAACUGAAACAAAAAACAUAUUUGUAUGCUGCAAAAAUGCAUACAACGAAACCAGAAAGCAUGAAAGCAAAAAAAAGAAACGAGAAAACAAAAGUUUGGCACAAAUAAUAAUAAUAAGCUUGCAUUUGCGAAGAGAAGGGAAGAGAAGGGAAGGCAGUCUGGAACACGUGUACAUUAUAAACAUAUCAGCAACAGUGAACCCCGUGUUAUGGAGCAAAUGAAGCAAAAAUCGGCAACAAAAAAGCGGCGUGUGGUGGAAAAAGCAGCAUUUUUAGCCACCGUAUGUGGGAAAAUGGAAAGGGGGGAAAACGAGAAAAAGUAAACAGCACAUAACGAGCACAAACAAUUCGAUUCGAUAUCCGGGAAAGUGUGUGUAUGACGAAAAAAAUGGAACAAAUGCAUGAAAUUACAGUGGAAAUAUUUUUCACGCCAGUAAGAAAAACAUGUGCUAAAAACAAGAGAGAGAAAGCGCGAAAAGAACGCAAAGCAAACAAUGCAGUUGACGGACGAGGGCAGCAGCCUCAUGCCCGGCUGCAUUUUAGUGGCUACUUUGUGGAAUGAAAAGUACGGGGAAUGAUGCUAUGGCAACGGACAAAAGGGAAAUGGGUGUGAUGGGAGGAUAACAAGCGAGCGCGUUGCAUCGUUCUGAAUGAAUGUAUUUUCAAGAAUUUUGUGUUUGUUCCCAAUUUCCAUUGUAUUAUUUUCAUCCAUUGCUUUCGUAUGCUUUAAUGGGGAAAUUUAAAGUCUUUCUUUGCCACUCCUCACCCUUUAGACGGCAACAUUAACCAGCAUAACGUGUACGCGUUGCCGUCCAUUUGCAUCCGUGUUUGGGGGCAUUAAUGGAAUCGAAUUAAACACGCAGCGGUUGCACUUUGAAUGGGCUUCGCCCCGUGUAAAAUGUCACCGCCACCCUCAUUCGGAGGCAGUGUUGUUUGCUGUUGUGUGGUUCGUUCUUUAACGGCUUUUUUUUAACCCUGUUAUUCGCUGAGCUUCCGAUGUAGCCAAAGGGGAAGUGGGAAGGUGUGAAGAAAGCUCAACCCGCGGAUAACGCGGAUUGUGUUCGUGGAUGCUUAUCCAUCCGGAUUAUGCCCACCCCUCGAAUGGCAGGUGUCAGGGCGGGGUGAUAAAUUAUACACCCCACGUGUUUCCUGCGCAUUUCUCUGUUGCGCAUUUUUCGCAUCCCACGCGCAAAACGCAUAAAAUGCAUUUUUGUGGCAAGUUUCCGCCGGUUGUUCAGUGAUAGUGGCCGCUCUGUCUCUCUUUUUUUUAAAUUUUUGCCAUUGGACAACGCACAUUUAGUAGCUUAAUCGACCGCGGCAAUGAUGAUAUGCGUGGCGUGCUUGUUCCUAUUGUUGCUAACGCUGCUGAUGCUCUCCCUCGCUUUUAUUAGUUAAACCCUCGCGAAGCGAGGGACUGUGGAAGUUACCGGGGAAAAUAAAAAUGUAGGAACAAAAGUGUAGCGUAGCGUAGUUGAAAUUGAUAGCGAAUAGUCCACAUUUCCUGAAAGCGUAGAUUAAACCUAUAUAGCUUUGGUAGCGGUACAAAAUUACACAUAAAAAAAACGCGCGCUUCGAGGAAGCGAACGAGCUGACUGAGCCAGAGGCAUAACCGCGAACCACGCACAAAACGAAGGGAAAUGUGGCAAAUGUGGGUUUGCAUUUUAUUCAAACGAUUCAGGAAAUCUGGAUUGAAGACCACACUUUUUGUACGACUACUACUAACUACUACUACUACUAAUGGCCACUACCCGUACUACCAACCACUACUACUCACCCUAUGGAUGUCGAACGCACGGUUUCGAAAAUGGAUUCGAAUGAAGGUGCACACUGCAGAAUUAAACACAAGAAAAAAGGAAAAGCCAGUGGCAGAAUGGGAGGAAAAGCCCCAAAGCGUAUAAUCGAUUUAUCAGGGCAUUGGAAACGAAGGGCGAAAGAACGAAAAAAAAAAACAGUCCUAUUACUAAACUAUUAAACA